CUUUGGACCACAGCAGCACUCUUUCACUAACUACAAGGUGCUCCAAAACAGUUCCUAAAACUACUUUAACACUACAUUUCGGAGGAAAACAAAGUAGCAAAGACACAGAAACAACAACUACGUGUUCACAUCACUACCUUUGGUUUAUUUGCUGGUAACGUUGAACCAAUCUAUAUUUUUGUGUUUGUUUGUUUUUUUUGGAAACUCUUGGCAAGGCUCUCUGUAAAGCUCCUGUCCCGAAUACCUUUUAUAAAACGUCAGAGGAGUUUUCAGCACAAAGGCAAAGUUCUAUUAAAUCUUCAGGUAGCUCCAACAUUCUGUUUCUUACAAGUUUGUAAGGAACUUAUUGUAAGACUGUCUUUGAUUGACUGCACCAUCUCCACAAAUUAGCUACUUAUCACAGAGACCAUGCCAACCUUCGAUGAAGUUCUGAAGGAGGCUGGUGAGUUUGGACGCUACCAGAAGAGAGUGUUUAUUUUACUCUGCAUGACAGGAAUAACUUUUGCUUUCUCGUUUGUGAGCGUGGUCUUUCUCGGACAAUUACCGGAGAGCUAUUGGUGCAAGACCCCUGAAGUGGAACGAAUUAGCAAACUCUGUGCCUGGAGUCCACAAGAAGAAAGAAACUUCACGACACCUUGGAAGCAUGUAGAAAAGUUAGACCAAAGUCAAAGCCAGUGUAAUAUGUAUGAUGUCAAAUGGAACCUCAGUACAUCACCUUUAAGCUGCGUUGAUCCCCUAGCCUCCUUCACAAACCAGAGUCUCAAUCAACUUCCUCUCAAACCAUGCAACGGUGGAUGGGUUUAUGAGGAGUACAGUACCUCCAUCAUAAGUCAGUACAAUCUUGUCUGCUCUGAUGCCUGGAAACUUGACCUAACUCAAGCCUCUCUCAACCUGGGAUUUUUGAUGGGAGCUCUCACUUUGGGUUAUGCUGCAGACAGAUAUGGAAGAAAAAUAACUUACCUUAUAUCGGCCUUUGGAGUUGGACUUUGUGGCGUUGUGGUAGCAUUUGCCCCAAACUUUUAUGUUUUGGUGUUUUUUCGCUUUCUUCAAGGAAUCUUUGGAAAGGGAACCUGGAUGACUUGUUAUGUUAUUGUAACUGAGCUGGUGGGAUCAAAGCAACGCAGAAUUGUUGGUAUUGUGGUUCAGAUGUUUUUCACCCUUGGAGUCAUGAUCAUUCCUGGAAUUGCUUACUUGAUUCCUACAUGGCAGGGCAUCCAGCUGGCCAUUUCAUUGCCAAACUUCCUCUUUCUCUUCUAUUACUGGCUGAUCCCUGAAUCUCCACGUUGGCUGUUAAUUCGCAAAGAAAAAGAAAAAGCAAUAAAAAUCAUGAAUGACAUAGCAAGAGAAAAUGGAACAUAUCUUGCUCCUAAUUACUGCCAGAUAACUGUUCCAGAUGAAGAAGUUGUCAAUCCUGCAUGCAUGGAUCUAGUUAGAACUCCGCAGAUGAGGAAAUGUACAAUCAUCCUUAUGUUUGCAUGGUUUACAAGUGCAGUUAUCUAUCAGGGUCUAGUUAUGCGCCUAGGAAUUGUAUCUGGAAGUCUAUAUAUGGAUUUCUUCAUCUCUGCAGUGGUGGAGUUACCAGGAGCUGUGCUCAUUUUACUUUCCAUUGAUCGGAUUGGACGUCGAAUUCCAUUUGCACUGAGCAACGCUGGAGCUGGGAUAGCUUGUCUUAUAACCGCUCUUAUAUCAGAAGAUAUACUAUGGCUAAAAACGACAUUAGCAACAUUGGGAAGGCUAGGCAUCACUAUGGCAUUUGAAAUAGUAUAUUUUAUCAAUACAGAAUUGUAUCCGACAACAUUGAGAAACUUUGGUGUGUCCUUGUGUUCAGGCAUGUGUGACUUAGGGGGAAUCAUAGCCCCAUUUCUACUUUUCCGACUGGCUGCACUAUGGGUGGAAUUGCCUUUAAUCAUCUUUGCAAUACUUGGACUUAUAUGUGGUGGUCUUGUGAUGCUUUUGCCAGAGACCAUGGGAAUUUCGUUACCGGAAACAAUUGAAGAUGUUGAAAACCUUGCAAGGCCAAAAAAGACUGAAAAGAAAAGGAAGAAGGAUGCUUCUAUAUUUAUAUGACAUCUUGAUGAUCAUAUAACAAGUGACCUCAUAAAAUAAUUUCAUCUUUUUUUUUUCAGAUGUAUGCAAUGCCGUGUUAAGUUCUUAUUUUUACAUUUUUUAAAAUGUAUCUCUUAAAGUGAUUAUAAAGGUAUUUCUAAAUGCUUAAGCAUUAGGGGUAAUCAGCACAAAAAAAGUAAUGUGUUACAACACCCUCUAGUGUCUUAGAGACUUAUUAUUUCAUGUAUUUUUAUACAGUGAAACUAGAAUGCCUAUUUUUGUACAAAAUGUAUAUUUUUCACUAUCACACAACAAUCAGUGCAAAAGAAAAAUAAUGUUUUCAAAAACGUAUUGUACAGACAUAUGAGAUUAAUAUAAAACUUCAAAAUAAUGUACAAAUAUUAUACAUGAAAAAAGUACAUGUAUUAUAAACAAUUCCAGUCACUGCAUUUUAGUAAAUUAAUGCAUUUUAUUUUAUUAUUUCACAUAUCAAUACAAAAGCCCUAUACACUGUUUAUCUUUGUUUUUGUGUUGUGUUAUAUUGUGCUAUUUAAUUAUACUCAUGAUAUAUUUGCUCUGUAUAUAUUGUAUUUACAUACAUAUUGGCCAGGUUCCUCUUGCUGUACUUCUGUUAUUUUUAUCAACAGGCCAGUAUACUCAUAUAUUCAUAUUCACAAUCCGUAAAGUGUAUAUAUAAUAGUGUGUGUGUGUGUAUAUAUAAUGUAUGUAUGUAGGGAACAGCGCACAAAAAAAAAAAGUUUAUAUUUUCCAAAUUUAAAAUCACCAAUCUCAGCAUAGGGAUUAAUUUACGCCAUAUGGCACUAUUGUAUUAAGCCCACCACUACAUCACAGGUUCCCAAUAUGUAAGUCCUAAAUAGGAGAUUUACACGCUAACUGCAAUACUUACUACUUAAACUGCAUCCAGACACUCUCCUCAAUUUAUGCUUUUUCCAACCAUCAACUAUAGGUACCCCUUUGGAGAUGACAACAGAAAAGCAUACAUUGAGUAGAGUUUCUGAUAUCCGUUUAGCAUUUUAAGUAGCCUUUUUUGUACCAU